AAUGCAUAAACAACUCCCAAAUUAUAUAUUUACUCCAUUCACGCAUUAUGUAACAAAAACACCUGAAAAAGCAAUUAAUACAUCACCUUUUAGAGGAUGUAGUGUACAAUCGAUUAAUUUAUUAUCUAUUAGUUUAGCGAUAAAUAGUCGAUGACACCAAAGAAAUAAAAUAUUGUAUAUCAUUAUGGUCAAUAAACUAUAAACCAAAAUACGAAACCUUAGAUUCCAAAUUAUGAGAAUGCCUCUCCAUUAGUUCAUGAAACCAAAGAGCAUUUAAUGUAGAGAGUUUACAAUCUGGAGGAUAAUUUAAGAGAUAUUGUAAAGAAAUACGACCAAUUGAAGGAAGAUUUAGAGAGAGAAAGAACCCUAAAGUGCGAUACAAAUAGAAGUUACUCUUAAUUAUGUUAAAGAUAUUAGGAGUAUAUAUUGUUCUUUAGAGAGUAGCUAAGAGAGGGAAGUGUCGAAACAUUAAUAGGCAGCAAAAUCCAAAGAAAAUAUGUACAAACAGGUCUAAAGAGAAUUUUAAGAAUAGAAGGAAAAGUGGAAUGCAAUGAGCAAUGAAAUUUAGGAGUAGAAAAAGGUUUAAGAGAAGUUAUAAAUGAUUUUGAAAUAGAAGGAAAGAGAGAUUAAUGAUUUUAAAUUAUAGUUGAAAUAAGAAAGGGAAAUUAGGUUAUCUGAAAAUUAUAGAUUGGUUUAGGAAUUCACCUAAACUUACAAGGAUUUAACUAUAUAGAAUGAUUAACUAAUCCAAGAAAACACUCAAUUAAAGACACUAAUCUUAGAUAUUGAUAAUUAAGCUUAACCAUAUUCAUCAGCAAAUUAAUCAUAAUAGAAUAUUUAACCUGAUUCGGACUACUUGGAGGAUCCAUAAUUAAGACAAAUUGUGUAAUAAUAUCUCACAAAAAAUGAAGAAGGUUAUUUAGAUUAAAUAUCUGAUAAAUAACUUAGAGCUGCUCUUUCAAUAAUUAAGGAGAUAUUCCAAACUGUUACAUCAUAAUAAUUGAAAGAAAUAAAGUCUUAGCAAUUUCAACAACCUAAGUAAAUCAGCGAGGAAAUUGAAAUAAACUUAUAAGAAGCAAGAAAAAAGAGAGAGUUUUUAAUCAAAGAGAUCAAGAAUAAGAUGGAUAGGAUUGUAAAGUCAAAAGUAUAGAUUUAUAUAUGAUGAAAUAAGGAAUUCGAUUUGAUAGAAUUUAAUGAAUUACAAAAAGAAAUACAAGAGAUAAAAUAACAAUAUAGCACUGUGGAGAAUUUGAUUUAGGAAAUGGAGUAACAAUUAAUCUUGAAUCCACAUCGAAAUAGUUGUGUCUCUUUUGACGAUCACGAGUUCUAAUGA